AUGGCCUUAAAUAAAUCCACGGUUCCAAACAGGUUCCAUAUUCCUAUUGUCAAUGAGUUACUGGAAGAGCUGCAUGGAAUGUCGAUUUUUUCUAAACUAGAUUUGAAGUCUGGUUACUAUCAAAUCCGUAUGAAACAAGAAGACAUUCAGAAAACUGCUUUCAAGACCCAUGAGGUUCACUACGGAUUCAAGGUUAUGCCAUUUGGGCUCUCUAAUGCCCUAGUCACAUUUCAAUACUUAAUGAAUGAUAUAUUCAGAUCUUAUCUACAGAAAUUCGUAUUGAUAUUUUUGGAUGAUAUCAUGGUAUAUAGCAAGACUCGUAAAGAACAUGAUGAACAUUUGGAUAAUGUCUUCCUUAUUCUUGCAGCUAAUAGCCUUUAUGUCAAUGAAAAAAAAUAUCAAUUCAAACAAUCUCAAUUAGAAUACCUCGGCGAAUGGAUUUCUGUAGAGGGAGUAUCUACAGAUCAAGGAAAAAUUUCAACAAUAUGGGACUGA